UGGCAGAAAAACAAAUUUCAGUAGGGAGGAGUCUUAUACUCUUGGCCAGGACAGACCAAAGGACAAACAGACAGAAGCGUAGCAAAAGUGGAUGAUAACUGAAGAACAAAGAAUAAAAUCACCCGAUCGUCCUUUUUUAGAAGCAAAGCAUAAAUGGCAAUGUCUCCCACUGCUAUGGUGGCCCGCCGGGCUCUUGCUGCUGCAUCGCAUGGCAGCCAUGAGGGAGGAACAAGGACCUGGAAGAUCCUCUCCUUCGUUUUAGCCCUGCCGGGUGUAGGUGUAUGCAUGAUUAAUGCCAUCUUGAAGAUGCAGGCCCAUUCCCAUGACACCCCAGAGUUUAUUCCAUACCCACACUUGCGCAUUCGAACCAAGCCAUGGCCCUGGGGUGAUGGAAACCACUCCCUUUUCCACAACCCUCAUGCAAACGCUCUGCCCACUGGUUAUGAGGGACCUCACCACUAAGCAGGAUGUCCCCUGCCAUCUGUGCUACAUCGAGCGGCUUAACGUCCGUCUCAGAUGCCAAUCCACAGGGUCCCCAUUCUGCUGCAACCGACAGACACAUUGUUUUAACACUUUUAACAGAAAUAAAAUGCUGUUUUCACUGUAAAGAGAA